AUGAUGAGCUCGGUGUCAUCCUCAACAAAUUCGCUCCAGGAUUCACAAGAUAAUCGAAAAGAUGUCGACAAUAUCACAGAACACGCAGUAGCUGCCCCAGUCAAAAAAGGUCCAAAAGUGUCUGAAUCAGACAUGCUUUUCUAUUACAAGCAUCUUUUACCUUUCAAAUACAUUUUCCACUGGAUAUCUCACUCGAAUACAGAAAUUACAAAUAGUUUUACCAACAGAGAAUUCGCAUACGAAUACAGAUCCGGGGCUUACCAACGGUACAACUCGUACACAUCCUUGACUGAUUUCAAAAAUUCUGUGAUCAAGGCCAAUCCUACCAGAUUUGAAAUUGGUGCUGUUUAUACUGUCAAUCCUAAGGAGAGAAAAACUUUACCAAAAAGUGCCAUGAAGCCUUUGGAGAAGGAUUUUGUAUUUGAUAUUGAUUUGACAGAUUACGAUGGAAUAAGAACUUGCUGCUCCGGUACGGAUAUUUGCGAAAAGUGCUGGAAAUUCAUCACGGUAGGCAGUCAGGUCAUCGAAAAGGCUUUGGUGGAAGACUUUGGCUUCAAGAAUUUCAUUUGGGUUUUCAGUGGUAGAAGAGGUGCCCAUUGCUGGAUCAGUGACAACAAGGCCAGGAAUUUGAACGAAUCAAAGAGAAGGGCAAUUGUAGAGUAUAUGGAUGUAUUAGGGAGUCCAAAUGGCUCAGGUGGUGGCAGACAGAAUGGAAACAGGAAUGGCCUCAAUAUCAAACGUCCACUACACCCGCAUGUUAAGCGAUCGCUUGAAAUUUUGAAAAAGAAAUUCAAAAAUAUCAUUCUUGACGAACAAAACCCCUGGGAAGAUGAUAAAGUGGCAUUUGAGGGGUUGUUGCCAAUGAUUUCUGACAAGAACUUGAGAGCUUUACUCAAGGAUCAUUGGACCAAUUCACCUGGAAGAUCAAGCUUUGAAAAAUGGAAGGAUAUCAAAACAAUUUACGAAAACAAUAGUAGCAAGAUUAUCAAGAAUUUUGGUAUCCAGAAUUUCCAGAAUAUGAGAGAAGAUAUCAUUAUUGAAACUUUAUACCCAAGAUUAGAUAUCGAAGUGUCGAGACAACUAAUCCAUUUAUUGAAAUCGCCUUUCUGUAUUCACCCAGGAACAGGCAAUGUCUGUGUCCCAUUUGAUUCGAAAAUCAUGUUUGAAGAUUACGAAAACGAAUUAGUGGCGGAAGAAUCCGGAAACUACGAAGACUAUAAGAAAAAAGGAUUUGAUCCAAUGAAUGCCCCAAACUUAUCAUUAUUACAAACAGAGUUCGAGAACGCGACAAUAAAUGGGGAUUUCGAUGCUAAUGAUGAUGAUUGGAAUAGGACAUCUUUGAAGCCCUAUGUGAAGCUAUUUACAGAUUUUGUUUCCAAACUAGUUGAAGAUGAAGAGAAAGUAGCCCAAAGACAAGCCAAGAAAAGAAAGCUUACCGGUUAG